AUGCCUCGCCUCCGCCGGCGCCUAGAGGACCUGGAGACGGCCUCCAAGUCUGCUCCGAUGGAGGACGUCCUGGAGCGGAUGGAGGCCAUGGUGCAGGCGAGGGUGGAGUCGGCGCUUAUGGGCCCGGCUCGGAGACCCCCACUGGCGCACGAAGUGCGCAGUGCCCCUGUGGAGCUUCCCGUCCAGGGGGGCUACGUAGUGGGGAGCUCCCACCCUCCCUCGGUGGCUGGACCCUCCAGCGCUCCUCCCCGCGUUGAGGCCCCUGGUCCAUCCGGUGCGGGACCGUCUGGUGGACAGGCAAGGAGCGCUGGUCCUGCACCACGCAGAACCACCAAUGGUGCGGCUAAAAAGCCCGAGGAGAGGAGGACCGGGGGGGCGAAGAAGAAGCCCGUUCCCCCCCCGCAGCAGCCUCCACGUGAGCCCCGUCCGCUGCCGCCGGCGCCAGUGUCGAUGGACCGCGAGUGGACGGUCGUGGUGGGCAAACGGAAGAAGCCCAGGUCCGGUGCGGCGCCGGCUGCGAGUCCGCAGCAACCGCCGCGCCGGGCUGAGCCGAAGACUUCGCCCGCCACGCUCUGCGGCCGUCAUUAUCUCUUUGACGCCGGCGGCAGUGUCCAAGGGGCUCACAUACAAACAGGUCCUGACGGAGGCGCAGGGCAAGUCGCAGCGGCCCUCUCGAAGGCCGGUGAGUGCAGCCUCGAGGCGGUAAAGGUGGGACAGGUCCGUCCCGACCGCUUCGGGGUGGGCAGCGCAUGGGUGCGCAUGCCCAUGAAGGCUGCACAGAAAGCGGGUCACAAAGCCCGCGAGUGUGAUGCCGCGCCGAACUGCGCAGUCUGCGCGGCUUCCGUGGAAGCCCGCCGGGCACCGGCUAGGGGGAAGGCGUGUCCCGCCCCCUCUCGCCGCAAUCAGCGUCGCGCCCCGAAACGUAGUGCUGUUGCCGCUGUGGCCGUGUCCCAGCCACAGACGGCAGACCCACCGCAGGUCGCGAUGGAAGUAGUAGAGGUCGUCCGACCCCUAGCUGAAUUCGAGACGUUUCUCAUUCAGCUGGGGUCCCUGGUGGAACAGGGUCAACCUCGCCCCACGAUCGUCGCCGGUGACUUCAACGCCAAAUCUGUGGUUUGGGGUUCGCCGGCGACUUGA